AAUAUGAGUGCAAUUUUGUAAUUUAUAACUAAGUAGUUUAUCCAAAAUUAGGUAACAUGUGUCGUGAUUUUGAGGCUUACAAAACAAAAUUUCAAGAUGGCGGUCAUCGUCCAACUUUUUCGUCGAACUUCGAACAUUUCGCCAAUUUACAAGACAGCGCUGAGGUCAACUAUUUCAACUAUUCACACAAGAUCUCAGCUAGCAGCUAAAUAUAUCAAAGAUAACCCAGGACUCGAUGAACCGAUAAAAUACUCUGCAAGUGCCGCAAGACAAUGGCAAAGUCAGAACACGUUUGGUGCACCAAUAGGUAAAUGGCCUUGGUACCAGCCCUAUGUGUUAGCUAUUAGCACUGCAGUGUUCCUCUUAUAUUUCUGUGUGUUUAGAGAGGAGAAUGAUUUAGAUAUGGAACUAGGAGAGAGUCUUUAUUCAAGAGUGCCAGGAAUGGAAGAACAACAGCUUCGCAUUUCUAUACAGUACAAUAGAGAACAUGGUGCACCAGUUAAAGACUUGGAAAAAAGACUCAGUGAAGUUAUAAAGAAUAGAGUACAGAGUCAGUAGUAAUCAUAGAAGACCUUUAUUUAUAUUUAGUGCGAUUUUAUGACAUCAUAGUUGCACUUCAUUGUAUUUAUUGUGAUGACAUCUUGGUUGCGCCCGGGCCUUCACUACAUAUUUAUUGCGAUCUGAUGACAUCUUGGUUGCCCUUUUGUAUUUGAUGCGAUCUGUUGACAUCAUAAGGGGACAAGCCUAAUACUGUAUCUGAUUCACAUGAAGUAUGACAAUUACAUGAUGAUACACAUAUUUUGAUAUUUUAAAUGACUUGAGAAAUGCAAUUUACUAUUUUUUAAAACCUAUCAUGUGGACAUCAGUCAUCAUAUAAAACAUAACAUCUCUUGGAUCCCUACUAUUACUCUAUACAGUACAAGGUACAAUUAGACUUCUGGCCCUGUUUGUUAUUAUUACAUUAUUCUCGCAACUGGGCCACAAUUGACUUCUCAUUCUCAUAACAUUUAUUAUUGAUAUUGGAUGAUUACAUUUUAUUUAUGUAGCAAGCACUGUCUUCAAGUUCAAUAUUAAAUAUUUGGAAGAUAUGCAUUUUCAAAAUAUAUUCUGGUGUAAAUACAAGUAAAAGUAAAACUAGUCUUGUGUUGAUUCUCUACCUCUCAGAACCCUAUGAUGAAGCA